CCACAUUUUAUGUGAAAAGAUCUGAAAUUAUCCCAAUAGAAAUGGAUAACAGGCUAUUCGUGGCUGCUCAAACCGGAAAUAUCCAAAUUUUGCACCAACUGCUUGCUGAGAAUCCCUUCAUACUUCACACAAUUGAACUUUCUUCACAAGGCUUCAAUCCCUUAGACAUUGCUUCAACCGCCGGACAUGUUGAGUUUGUUAAGGAGAUUAUAAGAUUGAGACCGGAUUUCGCCAAACAAGUGAAUCAGGAUGGUUUUAGCCCCAUCCAUAUAGCAGCUGCUCUUGGUAAUUUGGAGAUAGUGAGGGAGUUUAUGAAAGUUGACCAGAAACUCUGCCGGUUAGAGGGAAGAAAUAGAUGGACAGCUCUUCAUUAUGCAGCUAGCAGAGGGAAGGUAGACACGAUUCAAGAAAUGCUAUUAGCUUGUCCAGAGAGCAUUGAAGAUGUGACAGUGCAAAAUGAAACUGCUUUGCAUCUUGCUGUUAAGAACUGCCAAUUCCAGGCAAUCAAUUUCAUGGUGACAUGGGUCAGAGAAAUGAAGAAGGAUGAGAUCUUAGAUAUGAAAGAUGAACAUGGCAAUUCAAUUCUUCACCUUGCUACAUGGAGAAAACAACGCCAGGUUGUAGAAUGGUUAAUCAGCAAUCCUGGAACUAAUCCAUUGCCAUUGGAAGUAAAUGCUGUAAACAAGAGUGGUCUAACAGCACUUGACGUUCUACUAAUUUUCACAAGCGAAGCCGGAGACAGAGAAAUCGAAGAGAUUCUUCGCAAUGCAGGAGCUAGGAGAGCAAGAGAUAUGAUCAUGAGCCUCUCAACUACACCUCCAUAUGAAAUCACUAAUAACAAUAUUCAAACCCCAUCAGCAGCAAAUGGUCCAACCACAUCAGAUCUCUGUGCAGACAAUUUGGUGAACUACUUCAAGUUCAAGAGGGGCAGAGAUUCUCCAAGCGAUGCUCGAACCGCGCUAUUAGUAAUAGCGGUAUUAGUAGCAACAGCAACAUUUCAGGCUGGACUCAACCCUCCAGGCGGUGUUUGGCAGGACACAAAGUUAGAUGGUAGUACCGGAAAUCCAUCACAUGAUGCAGGGAGGUCCAUUUUGGGUUCUUACGCUUCAGUUACAUAUCUACUUUUUAUGCUUUUCAACACUAUUGGUUUCUCAGUGUCCAUUUAUAUGAUAGCUAUCCUCAUUAGCAAUUUUCCAUUCCAGUGGGAGUUUCAAGUCUGUAUAGUUGCCAUCAACUUUACUUACGUCACCGCCAUAACUUACAUGGCCCCGACGAACAUGUCGCUCCCUCUCACUGUGUUUUCCAUAGUUUUUCCAUUUUUGGUACCGCAUGUUUUCAAGUUGUUUGUAAGACUUGCAAAGUUACUCAAGAGGAUUUCUGAGAUAUCUGGAAUACAGAAUCAUUUGAACACAGUUUCAGAAUUGUUCUGGUACUAGAACUAUUUGUGUCAGUAUUUGUACCUAGUUUUGAUGUAUCGCAUGGCAUUAUGUUUACUAUUUUAUUUUAUUUUUAUUAUUAUUAUUAUUUUGUUUGCUGGUGUGGCUAUCCCCCAGGCACCCCUCAUCCCAGGCUCGAACCCGCACCACAGCGUGAAUUGUGGGUGCUCUGUCACUUGAGCUGCCACUACAAGUCUGUAUGUUUACUAUGUUUUAUUGUUUGACAUAUGUCAAAACUUCAUAGACAAAUGUAGUGCUCUUAAGAAUUAUCAACAAUGAAUUUGUUCACCUUUGCAGCUCAAUUAAUGAAUAGUUUUUCCUUUUAGAAUAUUUAAUAAAUUUCAUCCACUCAUAUGAAGCACCGUUAUUUGGUCUACACUAUUUACAAAUAUGUAUGCACACGGUAUGAAAUUGAUAUGGCAAUACAGUAAACAUGCGUAAUGGAGAUGGCAAACUGUUCUACUAUAGUUUUGGCUAUUUUUCAAGCCUGCCAAGAGCCGCGUUUCU